GUCAACCUCCGUAUAAAAGCCGAACAACUCGAAAACUCGGAGGCAAAGAAACCGGAAAAUGGGGGUCCACGGUCUCUGGGAACUCCUCGCUCCCGUCGGUCGCCGCGUCUCCGUCGAGACCCUCGCCGGGAAGAAGCUCGCCAUCGAUGCCAGCAUCUGGAUGGUGCAGUUCAUGAAGGCGAUGCGGGACGACAGGGGGGAGAUGGUCCGCAACGCGCACCUGCUCGGCUUCUUCCGCCGCAUCUGCAAGCUCCUGUUCCUCAGGACGAAGCCCGUGUUCGUCUUCGACGGCGGCACGCCCGCGCUCAAGAGGCGCACCGUCGUCGCGCGCCGGCGGCAGCGCGAGAACGCGCAGGCGAAAAUCCGGAAGACCGCCGAGAAGCUGCUUCUCAACCACCUUAAGACUAUGAGGCUAAAAGAAUUGGCAGAAGAUAUAGAGAGGCAAAAACAAAUGAGUGAUGCCAAGGGUAAGAAGGUUUUAUCUGACCAAACUGGUACAAUGGGAAAUUCUCACCAUGCUGAUUGUGAGGUUGCAAGCGGUCAUGACCAGGAAAAGCUAGAUGAAAUGUUGGCAGCAUCUAUUGCAGCAGAGGAAGAGCAGAGAUAUGCUAAAAUCGCAUCGACAUCUCAAACUAUGAUUUCUUCUGAUGAAGAUAAUGAAGAUGAAGAGAUAAUUCUGCCUGACAUGAUUGAAAAAAUUGAUCCAGCGGUACUAGAGGCGUUGCCACCUGAGCUGCGAGUCCAGAUGGGAGAGAGGCUGGAAGGUGCUGAUAGUCAACACCACUUAGAAGCUGAAAAAGAGGAGUUAUCAGGUCAAAAUCACAGUGUCAAAAGGGAUCGAAAUGAUCUAAAUUCAACUCACCAUGAUCAGGGGAAGCUUGAUGAAAUGCUGGCAGCAUCCAUUAUGGCAGAAGAAGGUGAGGUAGCACAUAUCGCGUCAACCUCUGUGCCUCAGAUAUUUUGUGAGGAGGAAGAUAACGAUACAGAUGAAGAGAUGAUUGUGCCGGAAGUGCAUGGGAAUGUUGAUCGUGAUGUAUUAAAUUCUUUGCCUCUGUCAGUGCGGCUCGAUCUUUUGGCUCAGAUGAAGGAGCGACAAAUGGCAGAAAACCGACAGAAGUAUCAGAAAGUUAAAAAGGCUCCUGAAAAGUUUUCUGAGCUACAAAUACAGUCCUAUCUAAAAGCUGUUGCUCUUCGCCGGGAGAUUAAUCAAGUGCAAAAAGCGGCUGUUGGAAAUGGAGUCGAUGGAGUACGAACCGCAAGGAUCGCCUCAGAAGCCAAUAGAGAAUUUAUAUUCUCUUCAUCCUUCAGUGGGAAUAAAGAAAUGCUUACAUCUGCUGAAGCACAGAGAAAUAAAAGUAGAGAACACCAGACCAGGAUGGAUAAUCCUUCCUCCAUUUCUGAUAGUGGAGUCUCAUCUAAUGAUAAUACCAACGCAGUGAAAGACUCAGUUCCUAACAAAUCCAGAAUGCUUACAUCUGCUGAAGCACAGAGAAAUAAAAGUAGAGAACACCAGACCAGGAUGGAUAAUCCUUCCUCCAUUUCUGAUAGUGGAGUCUCAUCUAAUGAUAAUACCAAUGCAGUGAAAGACUUGGUUCCUAACAAAUCCAAAAUUAGCUUCAAAGAUGGCGUUGAAACUUUUUUUGAUGAGAGGGGGCGCAUUAGAGUCAGUCGAGUAAGGGCUAUGGGAAUCCGUAUGACCCGUGACUUGCAGAGGAACUUGGAUAUGAUGAAAGAAAUUGAGCAGGACCAGACACAUAUCAAUACCCAUUCAAGUAGUGCGCUAAACACUGAGUCUGGAGUAGAAAGCAAUGUUGGUAUUGUAAGAAGUGAUCUUUUGGCUGAAACUGCAAGAAAUGAUGUUGCUAGAAUUGCUGAUUUGAAUGAGAGUGGUGACCAGUCUAUGUUUGGGGAUGGUAAUUCAAUACAAAUAUCAUUCGAAGAGGAUGGUGAAAGCAAGACUUUGGACGGUGAUGAUCAAUUAUUUAUUCAGUUAGUAGCAGGAGAUUCAGCAACCUUAUCUUCCCCUGGAAAAAUUACAUCAAGGACACAGUAUUCUGGUGCCUUUUCAGAUCUUGAGUGUCAUGGGCAGAAAGGUGAGAGCUUUUCCCAUGAUGACCGAGUUGAAAUCGAGCCUCUUGAACAGGGGAAAAUUAGUGAUGAGAGCGAGGUGGAAUGGGAGGAAGGCUUUUCUGACAUUUCAAAGGACGCCUCUACUUGCCCUGUCGAGUCCAGUCAGCCUGUCUCGAGAGGUUAUCUCGAGGAAGAUGCUGAUCUGCAGGAGGCAAUUAGGAGAAGUCUUGAGGAUCAGAGAUCAAAUGAGACACCACAAAUGGAUCAUGAGAGUGAAACUGAUGGAGAAAAGAGUCAUGAAGAUACUAUGCUCCGUGAUUUAGAGAACCAUACGGCAAAGCAAACUUUCGCAACUGGAUAUGCCUCUAAAGAAUCAGUAAGAGAAAAAACAUUAGUGAAGGGUUCUAUAAAUCCUGGUAGUCCUGAUGCGGGUUGCAGUUUGCAGGUGGUUGAUUCUUUAGAAAAUGAAGGAGAAUUUUCAAAUUCAUGUAAUUUGGAUAAAGUGGGGAUGCCAAUCAAAGAAGCUGAUGAAACAUUUCAAAGUUCUGGGGUUGCACCGUCAGGGCACGAAAAGCCUCUGAGGAAGUUGGCUUCUCUAGAAAUAGAGAGGAAUCUGAGUGCAGGUGAGCCAUUGGAUAUUUCUGGUGCAAGUUGUGUGUUAUCUGCUCCCAAGGAUGGGUAUUCAAGGGAACUAUGCAUGGAUGAUGAAAUAUGUGCUGAAACAUCUGGUAAUGGUAGAAUUAAAGAUGAGAAGAAAAAUUCUGAGGCUGUACAAGCAUCUCCCUAUGCUGAGGAAACUAAGCUUUCAUCUGAUGCUUUGCAUUCAUUGAGAAGAGAAUCAACAUGUGAUGUUGUUGAGGUUCAUAGCAAUCACGACGAUAAUUCCUCUGGACGGUUGCCAAAUGUUGAGAGAUUUGCAUUUAAGGAUAACGAAAAUGUGCAGUUGGAAUUUGCGAGGGCAAAUUUGGAAGAGGAAAUGCGGACACUGGGUCGAGAAAGUAUGAAGCUAGGGGACAUGCAGAAAAAGCUAGAACGCAAUGCUGAGUCUGUUAGUAGCGAAAUGUUUGCAGAGUGUCAGGAGCUGUUGCAAAUGUUUGGAUUGCCAUACAUCAUUGCACCUAUGGAGGCAGAAGCUCAAUGUGCUUACCUGGAACUGGCAGACAUAGUCGAUGGUGUAGUUACUGAUGAUUCUGAUGUGUUCUUGUUUGGCUCACAAAGUGUCUAUAAGAAUAUAUUUGAUGAUCGCAAGUAUGUGGAGACAUACUUCAUGAAGGACAUAGAGAAGGAGCUUGGUCUUUCCAGAGAUAAAUUGAUAUGUAUGGCAUUGCUCCUUGGGAGUGAUUAUACUGAAGGUGUUAGUGGAAUUGGCAUUGUUAAUGCCAUUGAAGUUGUGAAUGCAUUUCCUGAGGCAGAUGGUCUUCAAAAAUUCCGUGAGUGGGUUGAAUCACCAGAUCCAACCAUUCUUGGGAAGGUUGAUGUUCCUGAAGGAUCCACUGUGGGGAGGAGAGGGUCAAAAACUAGCAAUAAUGGCAUCAACAGUCCAGAAGGUGCUCAAAGUGGACCACCUUCACUGGAGCAGAAUAUGUCCCCAUCUUAUGAGCAAAGAAAUUCUUCUGAUAAAAUCCAAGAGAUGAAGCAGCAAUUCAUGGAGAAGCAUAGAAAAGUUAGCAAAAACUGGCAUAUUCCUUCUACUUUUCCAAGUGAAGCCGUAAUCUCUGCAUAUUCGACUCCCCAAGUGGACAAGUCAACUGAGCCUUUCUCAUGGGGCAAGCCAGAUCAUUUUCUUCUUCGCAAAUUAUGUUGGGAGAAGUUUGGAUGGGCUACCCAGAAGGCGGAUGAAUUGUUAGUGCCAGUCUUAAAUGAAUACAACAAGCAUGAGACCCAGCUGCGACUGGAAGCAUUUUAUUCUUUUAACGAGAGAUUUGCUAAAAUCCGUAGUAAGAGAAUUAAGAAAGCUGUCAAAGAAAUCACUGCUGGCAAAUCUUUGGACUUGAUGGGUGAUGAUGCCCAAGUUCUUAAUGAAAGCGGAAAGAAAAGAAGAGGGUGUUCUGGUGAUGUAUCUGAUGAAAAAACAACUGGAAAUCUCAGCUACCGCUCGACAAAAUCAAAGUCCUUGCAGUCAAAGAAAAGAAGGAUCCAUGGCAAGCCUAUUCUUUCUGAAGUGAACUUAGAUGCCUCAAAACUGGUGGAAAGCAGUGGAGAUGCCAAUAAACAGCCUCUUCAGACUGGAAGAGGUAGAGGUAGAGGAAGAGGAAGAGGCAGAGGCCGAGGCCAAGGAGAAAUGAGGAGAGGUAGAAAGGCCACCCAUGAUAAAUCAGAAGGUAGCUCUAGUGAUGGGGAUAGCAGUGAUCUGGGGCACGAGGUCCAGUUAGAAGAGUGCAAAGGGCGGCAAGCAGUGCGUAGAUCAGCACGCAGUAGGAACAAGGUGAAUUACAGUCUGGAGAAUUUGGAGGACAAUGCAUCAGAGCGCUGUUCUGACGAUGACUUUGAGAGAGAGGUUUCAGAAUAUAAAUCUCCCUGUACUCAGAUUGCACAUGGCAGCGCUGAUAUUUCAGAACUUGAGAGUGAACUUGCAGCUGGAAAUCCUCAUCUUGAGGGGAGUAAAGAAAUGGAUUACCUUCACAUUGGGGGUGGGUUUUGUGAGGAUGAUGCCAAUACUGGUGAACCACAACACUCACCUCCAGAGGAUCUUUCCGAAGAUCAUCUCACAAUGGGUGGUGGCUUUUGUAUGGACGAAACGAAGACAAGCGAGGAUCCUGGAAGUGUUCAUAAUAUAGCUGCCGAACCUUUGGGGGAGGGAAAUGAAGAUUCCUUUGAAUAUUUAGAGCCUGCAGAUGAAGCUGAGCUCGAGAGUUCCUUGACUCAAUUAAUCCAAUUGCGCAAAACGACUUCAGAGGUACCUUGUGAUGUGGUUUCCAAAGAUGUGGCUUCCAUGCAGGAUGACAGUGCCGACAAUGUAAAAGCCACAAAUGAUGGCCGUUCUCCAGGCAAUUUCCAAGCAGAGGAUAAUACAGCACAUGAUUCAGGAAUCGCCACAUAUGGAUCUCUAAGUGCCAUGCCUUCCUUGAGAAGAAAACGGAGAAGAGGCUGAACCUGUAAAAUGUGGAGAUAUUUAUGUACUAAAUUAUAGUAAUAUGUUGGAGUACGUAACGGAUGUAUUCCUUGUAAUUUUUGUCCUCGUAACUUUUAACUUAUAAUGGUUGUAUAUGAAGGGCAUGCUCAUAGAGCACCUAUAAUUCCCAUGAUGAGGAAAUUUCUGUGGGAGGUUGCACGUAAUUCUGGGUGCAUCUAUGUGCGGAAAGCCAUGUGCCCCGAAUUACUGUUCGAUUGAUGAAAGAAGUUCAUACUAAGUUGUUCGGUUUA